CUCGAAAAAUGAAAGUCAAAAAUGUAAACGUAAGGACAGCUUCUUAAACUACCUGUUUUGCCUAUCUGUUAUCAUUUAGGUAAACAUAUGCAUUGAGUAGCAACAUAUUAGUUGUGAUAAAGAUGACGAACAUUCUGCAAACCAUUUUAGAUGAAAUUUGUUUAUUAUUAGAAUCUUAUAAAGGCAGAGAUAAGAUAUUAAGAACCUUAUGUUACACUACAAAGUUAAUAGGUGGAUUACAUAAAAAUGAAGCAUUGGCAAAAAAGUUUCUUUUAUUUAGUAGCCAUAUGUCUGGUACUAGGGCCACCUUGCGAUUAUUAGAUGACUUGCCCAUGCUGCAAUAUAAUUUACAAUAUAAACUUGGACAUGAGGAACCAGAUAAAUACAUGUCCCACUUGGGAGUGCUUACCAAUAUCAUUGACCAAGUCUAUUACCCUGUUGAAAAAAUCUCUUGGUUGGCAGAACAUAAACUGAUAACUGGUGUUGACAACAGCAAAUGGGAUACUUUAAGUUCUGUAUUUUGGGUAUCAUCAAUUUAUUUGACACUUUUGAAAACAUUGAGAUACAUAGCAGUACUACAAAAACACAAAUAUUGCAUUAAAAAUGAUAAUAGGAUACCAAUGGAUAAACUUCAAAAAUUGAAAACAUUUGAGAUUUUAACUUCUAUAAGACUAACUUUAGACUUAGUUCAUGCAAUAAAUACUUUACCACCAGGAUUUUUAUGGUCUUCCAAAUUGAAAACAUGGCAUGUGGGUUUAAUUGGUAGCUUAUCAUCUGCUUUGGGUAUUUAUCAGAUUUACUACAAGAGGUCUAUUAAAUAAGUGCAGAAAAUAUUUGUUAUUAAAUUAUGUUGUUUUUAUUGAUAUAUUUUAUACUAUAAAACUUUAUAAAUAUACAAGUUAUAUAUU